UCUUAACCCCUAGACCAUAAAGCCCAAAACCUCACUUUCCCCACCCUGUUAGAAAAAAACCCUCUACUUCUUUUCACGUAAAAAACAGCAAAAAAUGAGGCCACCAAGAGGCGGCGGAUUUAGAGGAGGGAGAGACGGCGGAUUUAGAGGAGGGAGAGACGGCGGUUUCAGGGGUGGACGUGGUGGACGCGGUGGUCCUGGCCGUGGUGGACGUGGUUUUGGUGGUGGUGGGUUUCGUGAUGAAGGCCCUCCUUCUGAAGUAGUAGAGGUCUCAUCGUUUCUUCAUGCCUGUGAGGGUGAUGCAGUGACAAAGCUAACCAAUGAGAAAAUACCAUACUUCAAUGCACCAAUAUUUUUGCAGAAUAAGACCCAGAUAGGGAAAGUUGAUGAAAUCUUUGGCCCCAUUAAUGAAUCUCAUUUUUCUAUAAAAAUGAUGGAAGGAAUUGUGGCAACUUCGUAUGCACCAGGGGAGAAGUUCUAUAUUGACCCGAAUAAACUCCUGCCUCUUGCAAGAUUCCUUUCACAGCCUAAGGGACAGGCACAAGCAGCUGGAAGAGGUGGCCGUGGUGGUGGAAGAGGAGGCAGAGGUGGUAGAGGCGGUUUCAGCGGAAGGGGAAGGGGCAGAGGUCCACCUAGAGGUGGUGGUUUUGGUCGUGGUGGUUUUAGGGGGAGAGGGAGAGGAUAGAACAACUUUGUGUAAUAAUUUUGGUGCUCAUGCUUUUUAAGUUGUAAUUUUAAGAUGCAAUGGCCAAACAACAAUCAACAUUUGGAUGCUUCCUUGAAGAUUUUAGGCUUUUAUGCAGCACUAGUUAUCUCAUAUGUAUUUUAGUUUAAACUAGUUUUUACUUGUUUGGAGUUACGGGUUGGAUCAAAAAAAUUUGUAAUGUGAAAAAAUGGUUAGUUUGUGAGGAACUAUUAAAUUUGUUUAGAGAAUUAAUCGUGAAACUUAAAUUUCA